AUGGAGUGUCUUAGGAAGCAAGCCAAUAAAAUCCCUGUACUCCAAAGACUUGAGGAUCUGACGAAAAUAGACAAGACCUACAUCUUGCUUGGUGCAUGCCUGUUUUGUGUUGCUAUCAUUAUGGCAACCCCCUUCGGGCCGAUCGUGACGUCAACAAUUGGUAUUGUCAUUCCUUUGCAAGAGACACUUGUGAUACUGAAGCAAGUCAACCCAAAACGAGAUGAGAUAAAGCAUAUGCUUGUUUUCUGGAUGGUUUUUGGAAUACUUACAUCUCUGGAUGCAUACUCAGGCCCUAUACUUCGAUUUGUUCCUUUGUGGUACACAAUAAAGUUCUUUUUUGUGCUUUGGGCAGGACCGCUAAGGUUCAAGGCAGGAUUGGUUCUGUAUGACAAUAUACUGAUUCGCAUACCUGAGCAUUGGUAUACAGGGCAAUGUGGGAUUGAGAGUGCAGUCAGGAAAGCCACUGAUGCUGUGAAGACAGUUGCAGAGAACGAAUUCAAAAAGAAGGAUGCCGAAGAUGCCAAGAAAGUUGAUUAA